AUGGCAAAACGAAACUCGGGCAAGUCGACGUACCUGGUCAACGAGAUCGAGGGCGAGGUGACCGAUGUGUGUCUGGAUGACGUCAACGGGGUGUAUGUGGCCAAGCCGUGGGACCAAGUUGAUCCCGGGAGCCAGGCUAUGGUCGUCAUGCGUGCGCUGGAAGACGUAGUCGUGCACAACAGCGCAUCGCUCGAUGUUGCCGUUCUCCAGGACCAGAUCGAGGCUACCAUCGGCGGCAAGGGCGGACAGAAGCGCAAGGCUCGGCUGGCUAAGCUUGUGGUCGACGCCAUUGCUGGGCUAAAUGCUGUGGAGCGUGGGCUGACGGCUGAGAACAAGUCGGAGACCCAUGCCGAGUUCCAGUUCCGCGCCAUCGGGCGCGCCAUCCGCGAGAGCCACAGCCGGAUGGAGGCGUUGAUGGCCGAGGGGGUGAGCCCUUUGGCGUGGGGCAACACCAACGCCAAGCUCAAGGACAUGCGGAGCGUAGUGGCCAUGGCUCGCGAUGCGCAGUACGCCGUCGAGUUUGUGGUUCUCCCGCUGGUUGGCUCCGACGAGCUCAUGACUCGCAACCUGCGCCGCAUGUGGCUAACCGGCAAGUACAUUCCGAUCGAGGCCAUCGACCGGACCGCCGCCGCCAUCGAGCGCAUGUUGGCCGGGGGCGAGCUGAGUGUGGAUCGAGUCCUGGGUGGGGAGCAGGCUCCGCGUGCGAGUGCUGGCAAGGGGAAGGCCAGUGGCCGCAAGUCGAAGCGGGACAUCUCCGUAGAGGUUCCGACCCAGCCGGUGAUACCUGCGGCGGCGCCGUUCUCAGGCUCGCCAGCCCGAACGCCGCACCCGAUGUUUGGCCUUGGCGGCGGCGGGUGGUGGGCCGGUGGCGGAUUGUGCGCGCCCGGUCGUGUGCUCCCUGUUCAUUCUGUGGGCGUGACCGGGCAGGCGACGCCGCGGAUGAUCGGGCCUGGAAUGCACUCGCCCGUGUGGGCGCCGAUGCCGAUGGCUAUGCCGAUGCCGGCAGCCUUCUCGCAUGCGGGGCCAAGUUGGCCGAGUCCUGUCCCGCCACCUACCGCCCCGUGGGCCUUUACCGCCUUUCCCUACCCGGCCUACCGCGCCUCACCCGGUGCGCCGUUGUACGGCCACGGUGCUCCACGAUGGAGCUGAUGAUGCAAAGUGCAAUCCGGAGAGCAAUGAAGACAAUGACAUGUG